UGAUUGACAGCUGUGGCAGCCGCUCUUAAACCUCCGUCAGACGGUACUGCGCAGACUCUGGUUCCAAACGACAUCACACAAGCAAGAUGGCAGCGCCCAUGGAAGGAAAAUAUUUCGACUUCACUUCUACGUAGCGGUAGGAGCAUACGGCCAUGUGACGUAAUCUGAAAACAUGAUACAUUUUGCAUUAAAGAAACCAGCUAAACACUUAACGGUCUGAAGCUCGUUCAACAAGAUAUCCAAACUGAAAUCAGUUGCACCAUGGAUGAGCAUUUCCACGUGAACACGCCACUGCUGGAGAGCGUCACGAUGUCCAAACUGGUGGGAACCACCGUCUAUCUGAAGAUGGAGAAUUCACAGCCCUCCGGCUCCUUCAAGAUCCGCGGCAUCGGACACCUCUGCCAGCAGCUCGCCACACAGUCCAAAGGAGUUGUCUGCGCUUCAGGUGGUAACGCAGGUAUGGCUGCAGCCUAUGCAGCCAGAAAAAUGGGUGUACCAGCCACCAUCGUACUUCCCUCUUCAUCUCCUCAGGUGGUGGUCCACAGACUUCAGGAUCAGGGUGCUACUGUCAACAUUACAGGCAAGGUUUGGGAUGAUGCGAAUGCAGAAGCUCUCAGACUGGCAGAAACUGAAGGACUGACAUAUGUUCCUCCAUUUGAUCAUCCUCUCCUGUGGCAGGGCCACGCCAGUGUGAUCACAGAGUCUGCAGCCUGUCUGGGUCCCAGUGUGAAGCCUGGAGCAGUGCUGGUGUCUGUGGGCGGAGGAGGGCUCCUCUGCGGGGUCAUCCAGGGCCUAAAGGAUGUAGGUUGGAUGGAUGUACCUGUCGUUGCCAUGGAGACAGAGGGGGCCGACUGUUUCAAUGCUGCAGUCAAGGCGGGGAAGUUGGUCACCUUGGAUGACAUCACCAGUGAGGCUAAAUGUCUCGGAGCAAAGACAGUUUGCAAGAAAGCGUUUGAAUACAGCCAGUGCAGCGAGCUGACGAUCAUUUCUGAACUGGUGACUGAUCAGCAGGCUCUGCACGCUGUCGAAACAUUCCUGGAUGAGGAGCGUGUGCUGGUUGAGAUGGCGUGUGGAGCAGCACUGGCAGCUGUCUACAGUGGAGUUAUACGCAGAUUACAGGAUGAAGGUCGUCUGCCGACUCUCUUAGGCCCCCUGCUGGUGAUAGUGUGUGGAGGCAGCAGUGUUGACAUGAAGCAACUGUCCCACCUCAAACACAAACUGCAGUGUUAAACUUCUGUAUAUGUGCAGGUGUAUAUGUGUGGAUGCAUAGAAAUAAUGUGACAGGGCAAUGUUUGACUGCAACAGCUAAAAACAUCAUUGCAUUAAUCCUGUGAUCGGUGAACGGAUGAAUUAAUCAGUUAAAUUCCUGGAAAUUAAAAAAUAUGUACACUACAAAAAUUAAUUGUUUAUUUUGGAAGAAAAGGUCUUAUUUUUAAUGUCAUUACAAUGUUAAUUUAAGGAUUAGUGCGUCUUCUGUUGUGUAUUUUUAAUGUCACAUUAAAUACUAAAAUACAACAGCUGACAAGUUAAAGUGGAAUUCAAUUACUAGGUUUCCCCACAUGGUGGUGUCACAGUUUAAUGUACUGACCAUCCACAGAAACUGGGAAAGUAGAUCAUUUCAUGGAAAUGUGCUUUUCUUGCUUCCAAAACAUUUGAUGAAGUGAAGGUUUCAUCUUAAAUGAAUCAGACUAAUGCAGCACUGACAGUCUGACGCAUAGCAAAACAUUAUAUGUCUUUAGUUUUGUUCUUACAUUUCUUAUUAACUUGAGGAAUCUAGUCCCAAAUAUUUGUGCACAAGUCUUAUCUUUCUUCCUGUGGAAACAUUUCUUUUUUAUCAUAUAACAACACUUUUAAUACUGUAUUGUUAUAAGAUGUCAUUUUCAUUUUCACAUUAACUUUAGUCCAGUCAAUUUGUGCUAUGUGUAGGAAGCUAUUGCUAUGGAAACAGCUCUUCACUGUUCUGUCUGCGUCAGAGAAGUGAGUGGUGAGAGUUGCAUUUAGCCACCUGUUGAUAGUCACAGCCUUCUAAAGUCAGACAGUUAUAUAAGAUAUUAUAUAGAAGAAAAUAAAUGGUCUUCAUGCUAACAUCAUCAUCACUGUAUGUUCUAUCUCUCUACCUCGUCUAUGCAGAAAUACCUGAAGUGGUUUACUGAACAAAAACAUUUCUUUUUAUUCAUAAAAAAUAAACUACUGGAUUUAAAACACAUCCAUAUAACUCUGUGGAAGUGAAUAUUGGAGCUUUGUGAUGAUGUUGCAGUGCAGGCUGUGGUAUUUUUACAAGAGGUGCUUUGUUAAAUAAAGGUGAACUGUAAUUUACAUUUAUAUAUAAUAAAAGAUAAUUUAUUUAAACAGUAAUAAGAUUGAUUUGAUCAUACUUGAGUAGUUAUUUUUUAAGUUCGUUAUUAUCAGACUUUCAGUUGACACAUUAAAACCGGAUUUGAUUCUGAAAUCUGUUUGCAGUAACAGUCGCUCAGCGGUUUGACAAAAAACUACUAGAUUACUUUCUGAGCUUUUAGCCUCACUUUGUGGCCUUCAUCAACAGAUGGUGUUUUCUCAGUUGUCAUGGAGAUGGUUUGGUUGUAAUCAUGUGACCUAAGUAGAGAACUCUGGUCAUGUGAUAACAGGUGCCAACAGGUUAACUGUGAAGUUCACUCAGCAGGUUCACUGAAGCUCAUGUGACUCAGUGGCUGCUGUUUGUCCAUCAGAGUCUAAAAACCAUUUGUCUUUAAACUCAUUCAGUAAAAACAUGACAUAUUGUAUUUGCCAUGUUUAACUUUAUGAUAUUAAAGGAUAAAACAAAACAAAAAUAACUUAUAGGCCUAUGUAAUAUAAAUGAUAUAUGUAUAGAAUAAAUGAAUUAGUUGAUUAAGUAAAUCUAAGACUGGACCAGUUCUCCUCUUCUCAGUUGGUUUGAGUGGCUUUGACGACUCAAUUUGUUUAUGGUCUGAAAGUCUGGGAAAAACACUCAAAGACAAACUACUGUGCAGUACAUCCUACUAUAUGGAAAGAAAUCUUGGACUUUUGUUGUUGUGUGUGAUUUAAUGUCCUCUUUCUCAUGAAGUCAAAUAAACUAAACUAAAAAUUUGUCGCACUUGA